GAGUCCUAUCCGUGCAAGUGGGCCUCGCCAGGCCCAUGCUCUGCCGUCUUUCUCGACCCCGAGGCUCUCUAUGAGCACUUGACGGCCCUUCACGUUGGCCGAAAAGCCACCAACAACCUGUGUCUGGACUGCCACUGGGACGGCUGCGACCACAAAACUACCAAGCGAGACCACAUCACCUCCCACAUCCGUGUGCAUGUGCCUCUCAAACCCCAUGUUUGCAGUAUUUGCCGCAGGGCCUUCAAGCGACCCCAAGAUCUCAAGAAGCACGAAAAACUGCAC